AUGUCUGAGCUCCCAGUAAUUGUAUGUAAACCCAGAUUUGCAAUAGAUUGAUUUCUCACAGGUUAAAGGCUAACUCAUCAUAGCCAAAGCUUGCCCCCAUCAAAGAGGCUUUCAAGGCAACAAGCACCAAGCUCAAUGGGCUUAUAGAGACUUGUAUAGCCUCAAUCAGUCCAACCGACAAUACCAUCAUGCUCAGCAUAGCUCCUUCUUUGCUUGCUGAGCUCUCUCAACAUAAGAACGCUGCUCUAGAAGUCAAGAAGGCACUUGAUUCAAACAGUGCUAUUGCGAAGGAGAAGAUGGACAUCGCCAACGAAAACUGGGUAUCGUCAGGAACCACCGUCGACUCCGCCAAAGCUGAAGACAAGCAACCUCUUUUCUGGCUUGACAAACUUCUUCUCGUGCAAGAUUUCUCUUCGAGGUUGUACCAGGAGCUUGCCAGAGUUGACAGGCUGCUCGCGGAUAUCGACACCCUGUCCCAUACCACUUGUACGAUCCUUCGAAAGUGCCACGACGACAAAGCAACGAUAAACCAAUCUCGGAGUGACAGUUCGUCGCAGACCUUGGACGAGCAGCUGGAGAAGGAGGAGGAAAAGAGCAUCGAGAAGGAAAAGAACACCGAGAAGGGAAAGAACAUCGAGAAGGGAAAGAACAUCGAGAAGGGAAAGAACAUCGAGAAGGACAAGAGCAUCGGGAAGGAAACGAAAAUCAAGAAGUAA